AGAAAGAACUAGGCACUCCAACUUUUGCUAGCCAAUUGGAAGAAGUUCACUAUGACGCCAAUGAACGAUUACUCCGAUAUUGAACGUGCACUGCUCCAGUUCAUCAUUUCUACUCAUCCCUGUGAGCAGCGUGAACUAGUCAUGCUCCAUAACAAAUUCACGGCAGAGUACGUGAACGAAACCAUGUCUGACGAAGUCAUCCAAGCACUACGUGAACGCCAUCUGGAUGAGUCCAUCGAGCUCAUAAACAACAAACUACACCCCUUGGGGUACGAAAUUACCCAUACAAAGUCACAAACCACUGGUUCUCUGUACUAUUGCUACGUCAAUACCCAACAGGAUAGUAUCUCCCAAUCUGCAACCAUUUUUUCCAAAUCUGAAAUUGAGUGUAUCAAGAACACCGUGGAAGAACUAUUCACCAAUCCAGAAGAGACAUACCACGUCUCUUCCACAAGAUUCAUGCGAAUCUGUCAGAAAGAGAACAAGACUCCCUCACAGGCCGAACAUUUGAUGCGUAGGUUGAUCUCCGAUGGCUGGUUCGACUUGGAACAAGGCCAUCUCACCUUGGGGAUCCGUUCUCUUGCAGAGCUGAAAAGACAACUCAUGAACGACUUUGGAGUGAAAAGCAAAGAUACUCCCAAUGGUUGUGUUGCUAUUUGUUCCGGUUGCAAGGAUAUUGUCACUAAGGGAAUCAGAGGUGCCAAAUGUAGAGAUGGAUGUUGGGUAAGGUUUCAUACUCAGUGUAAGGAGAACUACGACCGUGCAAGACGGGAUACAAAUGAUGCAAAUAUAUGUCAUGGAUGUUCUCAACAGUGGGAAUCCAUUGAUGUUGGUGCAGUCCCACAUAAAACUGAGAGAUAUCACUAAUAAAACUAUUCACAUGGUUCUAAAUGAUCCUAGUGCUCCCUCGAUGACUUCUGCCUCUAUCUCAUCAACAAGGUCCCACACUAUAUCAUCGGCAAUGCUCUGAUCGUACAACUCGUGCAAUUCACGUACAUCAUAAUCCAAACCAGUGGGUUUGAACUGAAAUUCAGGGCCAGCAUUCAGCUCUGCAACACCACCGUUAAACACAGAGAUGGUUGGA